AUGAUGUUGAAGCUGCUACUCUGGAGUCUGCUCUCUGGCUGUGUCUCUGCAACGACCAUGGAUCUGAAGACAGGAGACAAUCUUACUCUUAACUGCUCCAGUUAUUGUAUCUCGAACAUUGUUGAAACAGAUUCAGGAUUUUACCGCUGCGUAUACAAAAUCGCCGAUGAAAAGUCGUGCAGCAUGUACAGAGUGUCCAUUUCAGAUGUGCCUCCAACCAAAACACCUGCUCCUGCUCCUAUCCCCGUUAUUGUCAUUGCUGCAGUGACUGGCCUCAUCGUCGUCAUCGCCAUCAUCUUCACCCUCUGUGUUAUUCCUAAGGUGAAAAAACGGAUGCGCAGUGGAGAAUCAGAGGCCCAAAUGCACAAUAUUUAUGAAGUAAUGUCAAGAAAUUGA